GUGGCGCUAUUGUGCCAGGAUGUAACCCUUUAAACUCUUACAUGAGCAUGUGUAUUUUGCGCAUUAGCGGCCUGGACUUCUGCCUGGAGUCACGUGACUUUUCAUUGAAGGGGCACGUGCGCCGGAGCUUCAGCUUCAAACGGACCAUCACGAGCAGGAAGCGGCUCCCAUGGCCUCUCCACUGAAAGUGUGCAUAGUCGGGUCUGGAAACUGGGGCUCUGCUAUUGCCAGGAUUAUCGGAGAUAAUGCCAGGACAUUGCAGCAUAUUGCUACCACUGUGAAGAUGUGGGUGUUUGAAGAAAAUAUUAAUGGCAGGAAGCUUAGCGACAUCAUCAACACUGAGCAUGAAAACGUUAAGUACCUUCCUGGAUACAAACUACCAGAGAAUGUGGUGGCUGUACCAAAGCUCUCUGAUGCCGCUAUGGGAGCUGACCUGCUGGUGUUUGUCGUCCCUCAUCAGUUCAUUAGGAAGCUCUGUGAUGAAAUGGUGGGCUGUGUCUCUGCCAGAGCUCGAGGAAUCACGCUCAUAAAGGGUAUAUAUGAGGGUCCAGAGGGCCUGAGGCUGAUCUCUGACGUCAUCCGUGAGAAGAUGGAGAUUGAUGUCAGUGUCCUGAUGGGAGCAAACAUCGCCAACGAAGUAGCAGCUGAGAAGUUCUGUGAAUCCACCAUCGGUGAUCUAAGCAAGAAUCUGAGUGCUGUUCUGGUGAAAAGAAUACAUGAUUUUCAGUCUUCUGUUAGUUGCAUUGAGAGCUUUACAUCAUUUUCUAAAUGUGUGUUUUUGUUUUGUUUGCUGGUGAAGAACAUCGUUGCAGUGAGUGCAGGUUUUUGUGAUGGCUUGCAGUGUGGAGACAACACCAAGGCAGCUGUGAUCCGUCUGGGCUUGAUGGAGAUGAUAACCUUCGCCCAACUCUUUUCUAAGAAUGGCGUGGUUUCCACAUCGACCUUUCUGGAGAGCUGUGGUGUGGCCGACCUCAUCGCUACGUGCUAUGGCGGCCGCAAUCGACGAGCAGCAGAGGCCUUUGUUAGAACAGGGAAGAGCAUUGAAGUGCUGGAGAAGGAGAUUUUCAAUGGUCAGAAGCUCCAGGGCCCUGCCACCUCAGCUGAGGUUUACCGCAUCCUCCAACAGAAGUGCCUGGUGAAUAGGUUCCCUUUGUUCACAGCAGUUUAUCAGAUUUGUUUUGAGAAGAGGCCAGUCCAAGAAAUGAUUUCCUGCCUGCAAAGCCACCCAUGUGACAUGUGAUCGCCUGGUGCAUCUCAGGAAGCUGUUGUUUUUCCAUUGAUCAUUUUCAUUCUAAGGUGAAGUUUGCAUUAGGUUCUUAUUCUGUCAAAAACAAUCCCCAACAGCUUUAAAUAGAACACCCAUAAAAUAAAAAGUCCUUUAUCAUUUCAAUUUGUACAAACUGUCAAAAAAAGUUCUUCCAGGCUUCCAACAGUGUAGGAUGAAAAAUAAAUCCCCGUGUUAAAACACAACAAAGACUGACUCUCCCACUCAGUGUGUAUCCAUGCCAGCCCUUGAACCACUGUCACAUGUGAAAACGAGGUAUAAUCUGAGCUUCAAAAACAAGAGGCAGACUGUUUUGUCUAACCAUGGAACAAAUCACCCAAUAACAUCUAUGUAAGUGAAAUUGUGUUUUAGCGUGGGCCUUUUGUGGUCGUGUUGUUUUUGUUACCUACACAACCAACUUCACAUUUUUCUCGGCAGGUUGAUUACCAAGCUGCCCACGGUGCUCCUUAGACUUAAAACACAGCAGCACGCACAAGAUCAGCUCUGGGUCGAGCAUGUGUUUGUGUGUGAGCCUUGUGAUAGGAAUAGGCUGGGAAACAGAUGAAUGGAUAAUGAGCUUGUGUGUCCCGAGCUGUGAUACUUCAGUGUGCUGAUGUUGCAACCUUCUCAGAAUUCUGCUGUUAAUUUGUUGGAAUAAAUGCCACUCAGACUGAUUUCUCCAUGUUUUAUCUAAAAGUUUUCAUUGUUAAUCUUGAAUCGUGUCAUGAGAUGGAUAAUAGGUUACAGGUUACCAUCUUUUAAAGGCUGCAUUCUGUGUUUUUGAUUUAUUUUUGAAAGAUUGUCAUUAACAUUUGUCUCAGUUUGUGACCAAAUAUUUCUGCAACCUUUGCAUUGCAGUAUGUUUCUGUUUCUAUCAGUGAUUUAUCAGAUGUGUCACAUAUCAAUAAGCAGUUGUGUGCUCAUUAACAUUGCUACCUUGCCUGUCAGUGGCCACCAGCAUGGUCACUUUGACACACAGCAGAGGGCGAUGUGCUUCAGUCACGGAGAAAAUGUCUGCAUUUCAAUGUCUUUCCAACUUCACUUUGCUUGUGUUCGUUCAGGUAAACGUAAUGAAUGGAAGUGAAACAAAUAAUUAAUUUUGCUUGAUCACAUGUAGCACUAGCAAACCUUUGCCUCUUCAAUUGAUUUUGCAUUAACAGACUAAACUUGAAUGCCUUUGACAAAACCAGCAUUGGCUGUCAGGUAAACUGUCCACGACACCUUUAGAGUUGCAGCAGGAAGCUGCCUUAGUAUGUAACAUUAGUUACAUUUUUGUUGCUAUUCUGAAAUAAAAUAUUAGAAACUA